GUUGUAUCGCGUAUUUGUAUUGGCGCUUCGCAUCAAACUAUCCCAUUGGUAUGUGUACUGGAAGGCCCGAUUGAUAAAUUGGUCAAAAUUGGUAUCAGCGAAAAGAAAACAAGUCUGCUGAAAUACGCGGUGCUACAUUUGAUACUGGAUGUGAUAGAAGCGGAAUCACGAUCAUUGACAAAAGCUGCAGCAGCCGCAGCUGCUGCUAGUGGUGCACCACGUAAAAGCAGUGAAUGGCAAGAAGCAGGUAGCAGCAGCAAGAAUGCAGCAGCAGCAGCAGCAGAAGCGGAAGGCAGCAAGGAAGCAAAAGCAGUGGACAGUCCUUGCCGCUCACGGUGA